AUGCGUCCAGCGGCGUAUCUUGACAUUGCCGACGAUGCAUUCGGCUGGUUCGGGUACCCACGGACAAUGGACGAUGGUGAAGAGGGAGUGAUGUCGUCGGAGACCGUGAGCCGAUUCUUCGCUUCGCAAUACACAUUGGCAUUUGCUCCCGCGCGACGGACAUCCAUCGAAUUGGCAAGGGUAUCCUCUCGUUGUAUCCGAGCUUCCGAGUUCAGCCGGCGCAUCUCGUAUCUAGACGACAUCGCCUCGAAUCGAGCCCACAUCCAGGCGCAUGCGGUGAUCUCGGCUCUGGCGGUGGAGAAGCGCGGCGAGCUUCGUCGAGUCAAGCGAGAUGGAGGCCGAGAAGAAAGGCCCCUCACGGCGGCCGCAUACGAAGACGCGACUAGGAUGCAAUACGUGCAAACACAGAAAAGCGGGAACCGGACAUGUACAUACUCGAAUGCCUCACAUCCUGGAAGCCCGUCGAUACUGCCUUCACCGAACGACCUCGACGUGGAAUUGAUGCAUCACUGGACAGUCUCUACCUAUACCGUCGUGGCCAGCGAACCGAGACAGCACUGGCUAUGGCAGGUCUUCACUCCUCGUCUGGCAUUCAGAUACCCUUUCCUCCUCCACGGCAUCCUCGCCUUCGCAGCUCUCCACCGUCGCUAUCUGACCGACGACCAACAUGAACGCGAUAGCCUCCUCACCGUCGCGAGAUACCACCAACAGCAAGCCUUGACCCUAUACAUCCCUCUCCUCCAAGCAAUCAACGACGAAAACUGCCACGCCCUCUUCGCCUUCUCCGUAAUUCUCACUCUAAUCUGCUACGCCAUGCUCCAAGACUCCGAAACAGAUGAAUCCGAAUCCCUCGUCACCCGCUUCAACGAAGCCUUUGAUUCCGUCAUUGGCGCAACAGCAGUCGCCUUCCAAGCUCUGGACACCCUCAAAGCCGGCGAGUUCGGCGCCAUCAUGACGCCCCUGGAACCCACCGUCAACAGCCUCUCCGGCUUCGACGACGGCACGCGGGAAUCCCUCGAAGCCCUCCUCACCUGCGCCGAGCGCGUUUGCGAAGCGAAACCCGGCGAGGACAAUUCAAACCUCAUCACCCAGCGCAAUGCCUACUUCAGCGCCAUCUUCGGUCUGGCGAGUACCCUGACUCCUCUCCCGGAAGAUCGCAAUCGUGGUGCUAUCCUCGCAUGGCCGGUGAUGUGCCAAUCAGAGUUCCUGACCAUGCUGAAACAGCGGGAUCCCCUGGCUUUGGUGGUUCUAGGAAAUUAUAGCGUUCCGCUGCAUUUGCAACAUCGAGGAUUGUUUAUUUUGGAUGGUAUUGCGAAGAGGCUAAUUGAGGCGGUGGCGAAUGAGGUCGGGGCGGCGUGGCAUCCGUAUUUGGAGUGGGCGAGGAUGAGGAUUGCGGAGCCGUUUACGCCGGCUGCUAGUACGAGUGAGAAUACGUGA